AGAGAGAAGGGGCUGGAGGCAGCUGUCAGCAUGUGAAUAUUUCGAGGAGGGCGGCCCGGGGCUCUUUAGAAAGCUUUUUUCACUUUCUCUUUUUUCACCAGAAGCAGCAUGGAGUUUCAGAGCCAAAAUAAAACAUUAUAAGGGAGGAGCUAUCGAAGGGGGGAAUUGAGGGAGGGCAAGAGAAAGGAGGAAGGUAAGGGAAGCACUUUGCUGUCUAACUGUUUGGUACAGGAGCACAAGCGGUGUAGAUUGUGACACUGGCCUGCGAUCAUAUGGAGCUACCAGGGUGUGAUCACAAUGUGAGAACUAUUCCUGGCUGGGAACUGAGGGAUUCUAGUUGAGCCGUUGGGACUACAUUGUCUUGAUCCGGGUGCACCAUCAUCGUAUUGGUGGCGUUAACAAGGAAGGAAUUCCUCUAUCGGAGCUCCCACAACAAAGGAGAAAGGGAGAGGAGCGGGGUCGGUGGGAGGGGAAGAGAGGGGUGCAGUGAGAAGGGAGAGGAGGACAUUGUUUGCCUGUGGCUGUGGGCAACGGAAAGCAUGGGUUAUCAGGCCUUAUGUGUGUUUUUUGUUUAGAGACUGUGUUUUGAUGUGAGGAUGUCUGAGUGAGUUGUGUGUGUAGUGUGAGUGAGUGUGUGUGUGAGAGAGCAUGCAUGUGUGUGAGGAGACUUCUUGGGAAAGGAGGGAGGCCGUUCAAAGGAUGCUCAAGCAAGGCAGGAUUUUUUUCUCCUUUUUGAAGGGUGACGAGACUAGCUGAAUUCCUUUGCUCUAGGCGUUGUGCUCGUCUCUGCUCCAGGGCAUCUGAAGGAUCUCCUGCAUGCAUGGCAGAGGGGCCCACUCUUGCCUAUUACCUCACUAUCCCCUGGGCUGAAGGAUUAUGGGUAAUCUCAUCAGCCGGCCCAGCUGCCUGGGCCAGAAGUCCAAGCAGGUGAGGUCCGACGAGGACUUCCUGAAGGAGUGCUACCAGCGGCGCAGCGAAUGGCAAGCUCCGCCCCCGACGCACCACGGGGAGGCCAGGCGGGAGGAGGUGGUCAGAGAGAGGGAGGAGGAGAGGGUGACAGACAGGACGAAGGAGGAUGAGGUGUCUCACAGCAACACCCCUCCCUCGGACAAACCCUUCAGGACCAACCCCUCCCCCGCCCCCACGGUCACCACCACCAGUACUCUGGACAAUGUCUGGCUCGGCACCCCCUCCCCCAUCAAGACUUCCAGGAACAGCACCCUGACCAGGAAGGCCGUGGUCCCAGAGAUCCCCUAUGGGAGAUCCCCUCUAGCCCAGCCUGGCUCAGUCCCAGGCUCAGCGGAGAGGAGGGCCAGUUUCCAGAGGAGGGACUCCAGAGAAGGAAGCCUCCAGAGGAGAGACACUAGAGAGGGCAGCCCCUGGUCCUGGAAGACCCUGGCCUCCCGCGAGGUCACGGAGGUGACGGAAGUGACAGAGACAGUUGUGACAGAGAUUGUGGAGGUGACGGAGUACCCGUCUGGAGAGAAGGGCGGAGACCCCAUAGUCACCAGGACUGUUAGGGUUCUGACUGGAGCGGCUGAGGAACUCGCUGAGCUACAAAGCGAUGGACAUUCUAGUUCAGACCAAGAUUCCAGCUUGGACCGUUGGAGGGGAACGAGAUCUGCCUUGACUCUGAGAGAUGAGUUUGCAGAUUCUGAAACGUUCCAUCAAUCCCUGGAAGCACUGUUGACCUGGGUCUGUGAGAUAGAGGAGCUGACAGCCAAUCAGAAGCCUCCAUCUUCAGAGGUCAAAGUGGUGAAAGCACAGCUACAAGAGCAGAAGCUCCUGCAGCGUCUCCUGGAGGACCGGAGGCGUAGUAUGGAGACCAUGAUGCUGGAGGGCCCUCAUAUGGCCGAGGCCUUCCCAGGGGAGGAGGGGGAGCAGGCCAGAGUCCAGCUCUCCACACUCAGACACAAAUGGGAGGCCUUACUGGUAGAUGCAGUGAACAGGCGGGGCAGUCUGGAGCUCAUCCUGCCCAGGGCCCAGCUCUUCCAUGAGAGGGUGGACAGCCUGCAGCAAUGGCUCAUCUCUGUGGAGCAGGACUUGGCCGAGCUACGCAAUGCUGAGAGGGAAAUGCUACACCUCCCCGAGGCUACAGAGCAAGCCAAGGCUGUGGUGGAAGAGAUCAAGGCGAAAAACGCUGACUUGGUGAAAGUUCAACAGAGCGGUCAUGAUCUCAAGGAGAAUAUUUCAGAGGAGGAAGCCCAGCAGGUGCAAGAGCGUGUAGACAGCCUGAGGAUACGCUGCUCGGUGUUGAGCCUGACCAGUAGUGACGUGCUGCAGAGACUGGAGCAGGCCCUGGAGGCAUCCAGCCGCUGCACCUCCAGCCAGGAAGACCUCCACCUGUGGCUGGGCCGUAUCGAGAGGGAACUGCUGGGGCCUGCUGGGGGGCAGACUGGGGGUGGAGACACUGUGCUAUGUGCUGCAGAGAGACAGAGGUUGGAGCAGGCUGUGGUGAAGGAGAUGGCCUGGUUCAGAGACACUGCCUUGAGCCUGGAGCAACUCAAAGCCAUUAAUCUGGAGCCUGACCUUAUCUCUGCCCAACUCUAUGAACAGAAGAUCCUUGCAGUGGAGAUUCUGCAACACAAGUUCAACAUUGAGAAGAUGGUGAAGAUCGCUGAAAUCUUGCAGACAUACGGUGAUGAAGGGGAAAUAGGGGAUCUGCAGACCCCGUUGGAUGCCUUACAGGAACAAUGCAACACCACGUCAGCCACCAACUCCCAUGUGGUCCUUCAGCUGGAGCAUGCCCAGUCCCUCUUGGUCCAAUUCACCGAGGGUCUCGCUGAGGUGUCACCAUGGCUACAGGAAACCCAAGCGCUCAUUGGCCAGCUCUCCCUGAGCACCAUUAGUUACAAGGCAUUCCGAGAACAACAGGACCUCUUACAGGGCCUAAGGGAGUCCAUAGCAGAGCAUAGACCUCUGAUAGCACGGCUGUGCUCGCUGGGGAAGCGUCUGUCAGAGCUUAGCCCCGCCCAGGGGGAGGAAUUUUGUCAUAGCGCCAAAGAGGCUGAGGAGCAGCACAGGGCCAUCAGAGACAGGGUCAGAGAGGCUGCCAAUCUAUUGGAAGAGUCCCUGCCCAGAUACACACAGUUGAAUGAGAGGAUGAUGCUGAUUAGAGAGAGUCUGGAUCGUCUGCUUGGCCACAUGCAGUCCCCAGCAUCUCUGCAGGGCCGGACUCCACGCAUCCAGGAGCAGCUACAGGACAACAAGCACACACUGGCUGAGCUCUCCAAGCUGGAGCUAGGCCUGGGGAGUGUCCGUACCCAGGCUGACGAGCUCCUGGCCAACACACAGGCAGCUGGGGACGCCUCCAUCGGCACAGCGAUCCAGGAGCGGGUGUCCAGCCUGUGCCAGCUGUGGGAGGAGGCUCAGAGGCAGGCUCAGGAGAGAGAUGGCUGGCUGCUCAACCUGCUGGACCUGGCCCUCAAGUUCUGGAGCGAUGUUAGUGACGUGACGGUCGGCCUGAACGAUGCCCAACAGGCUGUCCUGGACCUGAACGCCAGUAGGACAGACUCAGAGACCAUCCGCCAGAGCCUGGAGACCAUGCAGACACUCAGGGAGGACAUCGACAGUCUACAGGGGGACCUGGACACGCUUGGCAUUCUGGGAAUGGACUUGAUGUCAGCAUGUGGGGAUACAGACAAACCUGAUGUCACCAAGAGCUUAGAUGAGCUCUACUGCACAUGGAACAACCUGAGUAAACUCUGGAGCGAGUGUCACAAAAAGCUGGAGGAAUCCUUACAGAUGGCUCUACAUUACCAGGACACCAUGCAGGGGCUUUUCGAGUGGCUCAAGUCAGCAGAGCUGAGAUCAACAGAGGAGUUCUUGGUAGGAACUGACCUGGAGUCAGUCAAAGAGCAGCUGUGUGAUCUCAAGGAGUUUAAACGGGAGCUAUACCAGAAGAAGAUCGAGAUCGAGAGCCUGAAUCACCGUUUUGUGUGCAGGCUGUCUCCAGGCUCUGAGCGUCCCGGCUCUGUCUCUCCCCUGUGUGACUUCAGACAGCGCUGGGACAGCCUGGAGGCAGAAACCGUCAGCAGACAGCAUCAGCUGGAGUGUGCCCUGAUGGGUCUGGGUCAGUUCCAGAACACUCUGGAUGAGCUGCACACCUGGCUCUCCCACACAGCCGACCUCCUCCAGGGCAGUCGGCCAAUCAGCAUCGACCUGCAGGCCUGCGAGAUAGAGCUGGCCAAACACAAGGUGCUGCGUAAUGACGUCAUGUCCCACGUGCGUACGGUGGAGUCUCUGAACCAGGCGGGGCGGGGCCUGUUGGAUCCAGGGACUGGGGACAGCCCUCACGGUCUGCAGCCGCGGCUGGAGCAGCUGAACGAACGCUGGGAGUUUGUCCGCUGUGAGACAGAGCGCAGACAGCUAGAGCUGGAGAACAACCUCAGUCAGGUCCAAGAUGUUACCAUGGAGAUCCAGGACCUUCUUCAGUGGUUGGAGAACACAGACCUGAGGCUGUCCUCCAGUAAGACAAUGUGGGGGAUGCCUGACUCUGCCAGCGAGAGGCUCAACGCACACCUGGAGCUGUGUAAUGAGAUGGACUCCAAGCUCCAUGCCUACACAGACGUGAGGAACGCCAUCCGCAGGAUGCUGGAGAGCAGCAACGUGACCCGGGGCUCCAGCACUGAACACAGCCUCUGUAUCCUGGAGCAGAAGUGGGCUAAUGUCUAUGGGAAAGUACAGGACCGCAAGGCUAAGCUAACCGAAGGGUUGAGCCUGGCGAAGGAGUUCCACAGUAAUGUCCAGGAGCUGCUGACCAGGAUGGCCAAAUGUGAGGAGGCCAUAGGAGUCCUGCCUGCCCCCAGCUUCAUCCUGGACACGGUCUGUGGCCAGCUUCAAGACCACCGGACUCUGGUGAGUGAGGUGAACUGUUAUGGUGAGAAGAAGACGGUGGUGGAGAGUGCAGGCUCCAGGCUGACCGAGCUAAGCAGGAAGGAGGACUGUGACGUGGUUCACAACUUGGUCAUGACCGUACAGGACCGCUACAGGAAACUCCACCAGCGCACCACAGAGAGGGGCCGAACACUAGAGGACGUCAAGAAGAACGCAAAACAGUUCAGUGAAUCUUGGCGCCUCCUAGUGGACUGGAUGACUGAGGUGGAGCAGACGCUGGACACACAUAAAGAGAUCGCUGUGGACCACGAGGAAAUUAAACUGCAGCUUACCGAACAGAAGGACUUCCAGAAGCUUCUGCGCUCGAAGCGACCCAUGUACGAGGCCACUCUAAAGAGUGGGCGGGGCCUCCAUGAGAGAUCUCAGAGCGCCCAGGACAGACAGCACCUGGAGAACCUACUCUAUGAGCUCCGGGACUCAUGGGAUACCAUCAGUGGCAAAUCCAUGGAAAGGCAACACAAACUGGAGGAGGCGCUGCUGUUUUCAGGCAGAUUCACAGAUGCCCUUCAAGCCUUGAAUGACUGGUUGUACAGAGCAGAGCCACAGCUGGCAGAAGACGUACCUGUCGGUGGGGAAAAAGACAUGGUCAACAAUCUGAUCGACAAGCACAAGGUGUUCCAGAAGGAGUUGGGGAAGCGAGCCGGGUGCAUUAGGACCCUGAAGCGCUCGGUGAGGGACCUGACCAGGAGCAGCACUGCCGAUGCCCAUUGGUUGCAGGAGCAGAUGGACGAAUUGGAGGGACGCUGGGAGGAAGUGUGUAAACUGUCCGUCUCCAAGCAGGCCAGGCUGGAGGCAGCCCUUCAACAGGCUGAGAAGUUUGACAGGUUGGUUCACUCCUUCCUGGAGCAUCUGGCGGAGGCAGAGAGGGUGCUGAGGUACGGGGUCAUCCCUGAGGAGGAGGAAGCUCUGCUGGCCUUCCGCAAACAACAUGAGGAGUCAAUCACUUCCCUGCGCUCCCAGGAGAUGGAGCUAGAGAGCAUCCAGUGUCUGAGUGAGGAAAUCCUGUCCUCCUGUCACCCAGACUCCAUCAUCACACUCAAGUCCUGGAUCAGCGUCACCAAGACCCGCUACGAAGAGGUGCAGACGUGGGCCCAGCAGCAGGGCCAGAGGAUCCAGGCCAGCCUGUCUGCUCUGGAGGCUGAGCGGGAGAAGCUGCAGCGCCUACUGGACUGGAUCUCAUCCGCCGAGGAGGCCCUCAACCUCAGAGACCAGGAGCCACCGGCUGAGAGCAUAGAACACAACCAGGAACUCAUCGUCCAACACAUGGUAUUCAUGGAGGAGCUGAACCGAAAACUACCAGAGGUUGAACAUGCCACAAAAUCCUGCAAACAGAAAGCUGAUCCCCAAACAGCAGGCUUCACCGUGCCGCAAGGCACUGACAAAGAGGAGGAGCACUCUGAAACUCCAGCCUGCAGUAGUCCCUCUCCCCCUGGAGAACCUGGACCCUCAGACACCCUCAGCUGUGUCAGCUGGUCAGCCACUGGCAGAAACUCUGGCUCCUGGCUCUGGCCAGACAGGGCCGCCUAGAGCAGCACGAGCAGAGACUCCAAGAGAUGGAGGAAUUUGCAAAUUUCGACUUUAAUGUCUGGCGCAAGCGCUACAUGCAGUGGAUCAGCCACCUCAAGUCUCGGAUCUUAGAUGUG